CCACCUGUAAUUUCAUGCUUUAAACCUUACUUAUACCCCUUCUCUAUUAUCCCCAUUCUCAUCACCUUCCUCCAUUGUUUCACCAUUACAAAAGCUUUCAUUCAAGAAUGGAUUCCCCUUCUUCUUCUUCACUGGUUUCCCCAUAUUAUCACCACAUUUUCACUGCAUUGGCUUGCUUCAUUUCCGCCUUAAUCUUCAUUUUUUCAAGAAAAUCAUCCAAGUCUAAGAGGCUGAACCUGCCGCCGGGGCCUCCUGGUUGGCCGGUGGUCGGGAAUCUUUUCCAGGUGGCUGGCUCCGGGAAGCCAUUUUUUCAGUACGUGAGGGAUCUUAGGCCAAAGUAUGGACCCAUUUUCACGCUCAGAAUGGGGACGAGAACUAUGAUUGUUGUGAGCAGUGCGGAGUUGGUCCACGAAGCUUUGAUUGAGAAGGGGCAGGUUUUCGCGUCUCGGCCCAGGGAAACCCCGACGCGGUCGGUUUUCAGCUGCAACAAGUUCACGGUGAACGCGGCGGUUUACGGCCCGGUGUGGCGGUCGUUGCGGCGGAACAUGGUGCAGAACAUGCUUAGCUCCUCGCGGCUCAAGGAGUUCCGGCGGGCCAGAGAGGUGGCGAUGGAUAAGAUGAUCGAUAAGGUUUUGACGGAGGCGGCGGCGAACGGCGGCGCGGUUUGGGUGCUGAGAAACGCCCGGUUCGCGGUUUUCUGUAUUUUGCUCGCCAUGUGUUUCGGGAUCGAAAUGGACGAGGAAAUGAUCACCACCGUUGAACAGAUGAUGAAGAAGGUGUUGAUUGUUCUUGAUCCGAGGGUGGACGAUUAUCUCCCGAUUUUAAGCCCAUUUUUCUCCAAACAAAGAAAAAAGGCUAUGGAGGUAAGGAAAGAGCAAAUCGAAACGAUCGUCCCGUUCAUAGAAAAGCGCCGCCGCGCUCUGCAAAACCCCGGCUCGGACGAAACGGCGUCGUCCUUUUCCUACCUGGACACUCUGUUUAACCUAAAAAUCGAAGGGAGGAAAUCGGAGCCGACGAACGCGGAGAUCGUUACACUCGUCUCCGAGUUCCUCAACGGCGGCACCGACACGACCGGCACCGCCAUCGAGUGGGCGGUGGCGCGUAUGGUCCACGCGCCGGCGUUACAGUCGCGGCUGUACGACGAGAUCAAGCGCGUCGUCGGAGAGAGAAAAGUCGCGGAGUCCGACAUGGAGAAACUGCCGUACCUUAACGCCUUCGUGAUGGAGCUUCUGCGCAAACACCCGCCGACGUACCUGUCGUUGACCCAUGCGGUGAUCGAGCCGGCGAAAUUGGGCGGCUACGACAUUCCCACCGACUGCAACGUCGAGAUUUUCCUGCCGGGGAUUUCUGAGGAUCCGAAGAUAUGGUCCGACCCGGACGCGUUCGACCCGGAUCGUUUCCUCUCCGGGCGGGAGGCCGCCGACAUCACCGGCAUCACCGGAGUGAAGAUGAUCCCGUUCGGCGUCGGCCGGAGAAUCUGCCCCGGCUUAAACAUGGCGAUGACGCACGUGAAUCUGAUGAUUGCAAGGUUGGUUCAGGAAUUCGAAUGGUCCGUUUACCCGGAAAAUGGCAAAGUGGAUUUCAGUGAGAAAUGGGAGUUCACUGUGGUGAUGAAGAACCCCCUUAGAGCCAAGGUCAAGCCAAGGGCAUAAUGGGCAUCCCAAUUUUAUAUAUUAAUUUAUAGAUUAUAAUUUUCAAAACUAUGUGAUUUUUUUUUUAAAGGUAACUUGAUCAUCUUCUUUUGCUGGGAAUUGAAUGUGUAAUUGUAUUAGCAUUUCGAACUUUGAUGUUAAUCAUCUUGACAAUUUUAUUUCUCGUAAUUAAACGAUUCAAA